GAACAGACAUAAUAAAGUUGGUUGCAGCAUGGAGAAGCAAAUAUGUUCAGUGUUGGCUUUGAUUUUGUUCUUGGAUCUCACUGAUUCCCUUACACUGACUGUUCCUGAGGAGGUGAAAGGGCUUUUGAGAAAAUCAGUCACCAUUCCCUGUACCUACAGGCCAUCUGCUCAGUACACCAAUGUAGUGGUCACCUGGUAUAUUAAUAGAAACGACAUUCUUAUAAGUAGAGAUGAAACAGGUGAUUAUAUUCCACGUUCCAGCAAUCGGGACAGAAUCAGUAUCAAUCAACGUCCUGGAGAUGUCUCACUUGUUGUGAAAAACCUGGCCUACAGUGAUCAAGGAACUUACACUUGUGAAGUAAAGUGGCUGUUCGUUAAUGGAUCAAAUAAAAUGCAGAAAAGUUCAGGUGUCAAUUUAAUAGUGGUAAGAGGUUAUCCUUCCAUCACAUCUCCAGUGAUUCUGUUCCCUCAGGUUCUCCCUCGCAGUGCUGAUUCCCUUACACUGACUGUUCCUGAGGAGGUGACAGGGCUUUUGAGAAAAUCAGUCACCAUUCCCUGUACCUACAGGCCAUCUGCUCAGUACACCAAUGUAGCGGUCACCUGGUAUAUUAAUAGAAACGACAUUCUUAUAAGUAGAGAUGAAACAGGUGAUUAUAUUCCACGUUCCAUCAAUCGGGACAGAAUCAGUAUCAAUCAACGUCCUGGAGAUGCCUCACUUGUCAUGAAAAACCUGGCCUACAGUGAUCGAGGAAUUUACACUUGUGAAGUAAAGUGGCUGUUCGUUAAUGGGUCAAAUAAAAUGCAGAAAAGUUCAGGUGUCAAUUUAAUAGUGGUAAGAGCACUACCUUCCACAAGAGCUCCAGCUAGUCUGACCUCUAAACCCAUCAGUGCAGUACCGUCCACAAGACCUGCAGCUAGUCUGACUUCUAAUCCUAGCAGUGCAGUACCGUCGACAAAACCUGCAGCUAGUCUGACUUCUAAUCCUAUCAGUGCACUACCUUUCACAAGAUCUGCAGCUAGUCUGAUCUCUAAUCCCAUCCGUGCUGAUUCCCUUACACUGACUGUUCCUGAGGAGGUGACAGGGCUUUUGAGAAAAUCAGUCACCAUUCCCUGUACCUACAGGCCAUCUGCUCAGUACACCAAUGUAGCGGUCACCUGGUAUAUUAAUAGAAACGACAUUCUUAUAAGUAGAGAUGAAACAGGUGAUUAUAUUCCACGUUCCAUCAAUCGGGACAGAAUCAGUAUCAAUCAACGUCCUGGAGAUGCCUCACUUGUCAUGAAAAACCUGGCCUACAGUGAUCGAGGAAUUUACACUUGUGAAGUAAAGUGGCUGUUCGUUAAUGGGUCAAAUAAAAUGCAGAAAAGUUCAGGUGUCAAUUUAAUAGUGGUAAGAGCACUACCUUCCACAAGAGCUCCAGCUAGUCUGACCUCUAAACCCAUCAGUGCAGUUCCGUCGACAAAACCUGCAGCUAGUUCGACUUCUAAUCCUAUCAGUGGAUACAACAAUGUGAAAAUUCCAGCUUGGGUGUUUGUUUUGACAAUUAUUCUCAUCAUACUCUUUUUCUCUGCUAUCAUUACCUUCAUUUUAUGCAGAACAAGAACUAAAACAGAGCACAUAUAUGAAUUUACAAGCUUUAGAUAUGAAAAUUUUCCACAUCAGGAACCUGUCAACCUGGUUUCAAGUGAAAGUAAUGAAUAUGAAACAAUGACAAAAAUGAGACCAAAUGGCUUUCAAAUGGAAUCUGCAUGUGCCUCUGGAUAAGUAGAUACUUCAGUGUGAAGCAUAAUAUGUGCAGCUAUGCAGCUUUCAUAGAAAAGAAAUCGAUCUGCAAAUUGUAUUAUUUCAGCACUCACCUAUAUGAAAUGAGAAAAGUAAUUGUUCUGUUUUGAAGUUUUCAGAUAAACAGUUCUGUGUUUUAGUAGUUUCUGUGACUUCACACAAUUUCAAAAAUAUAACCCUGAAAAAACCCUAUGGGGUUUCAGUUUUCUUGUUUUAUCGACUACUCUUUGGAGACUCUGCUGACUCUGACGGAGUUCUUAUGAAAGGUCAUUAACCUGAAAUACUAACUUUGCUUCUCUGUCCACAAAUGCUGCUUGACUUAUUGAGAAUUUCCAGCAUUUUCAGCUUUUAUUUCUGGUUUCCAUUACCCACCAUGUUUUUCUUUUGUGUGGUUAUGUUGACCCUGGUUAUUUUAUAUGCAUGCUCAUGUGUUAUUUUGCAUUCAUAACAUGCAUGCUUUCAUAGUUAUUUUACAUUCAUAACUCAGAUUGAUCGCAGAACUAAGUAAGUAUUGUAUAGAGUAUUAAAUCUGUACAUAUCAUUCAAUAGAAGCCAGGUGCAGGAAUGAUAAUUGGUUUCCUCGUCUAACUCAAGCUAGAUGUUGGUUUUAAAAUGUUGUCAGACAAAAGGUCAUUGACUUUAUCUCUCUCUCUCUCCACUGAUAGCUAUUUCCAGUACUUUCUGUUUUAUUAUGUAUUUUCAAAGUCUCUGUUUAAUUUCAUUUAUUAUUUUCUUACUUUAUUACUUAAUUUGUAACAAUUACCCUGUAUGCUUCUUUAAUGAUUUGUUUUGUGUGAAAAGAUUACCAUUUUAUAUUCUUUUUGAUUCAGCUAAGCAAUUCAUUGUGUUUUGUA